AUGACUUCGACUUCGCGCUACACCUCGGUGCCUGGCGAGGCUACCGACGAAGCCGACUCGGCUUCAUCAACCACACGUCCAGCCUCUUCCGCCGGCAGAUGCUCACAACGAGAUACCGGGCUUGUCCACCACUUUGCCCGCGCUGGCGUCGCUGGAUCAACCGCGUUCGUGCUCAUCUGCCUGUUCCUCUCGCUCAUGAGCUGGCAUCAAUCCGGUUUCACUUCAUCAUCCGGCUCUGCAAGCAAAAGCUUGUCUUCCGAAAGACGCCGAGACCGCACUAUGAACGAGGCAACAUGCAAAGCUGAAUUUCCGCUCCUCUUUCCUCAGAUUCAAGACAACGUAGCUGCAUGGCAGGCGAAAGGCGGCAUCUCAUACACCGAUCUGGACCAAGCAGCUCGCACGUGUGCUGGCAAUUGGGGCAUGGCUCGCAUCGUGAUCCGAGAUGGUCAGCUGUUCCUACGUCAAGUUCGUGAAGGCGGAGAAUCACGCAUCUCUGCUCUCCUACACCUUGUCCACACAGCUGUGACGACAGAUCCAUCCAGCUUCACCUCAGCCGACGAUCCCAGUAACACGGGCGUAGAACUCGUCCUCUCCGAGGCGGACAAAGACGCCUCUCCCACCAGUGACGCCGUUUGGGUCCUCAGCAAGCGCACCUCGGAGCCCAAAUCUAAGGGUACUUGGCUUCUUCCCGAUUUCGGAUUUGCAGGCUGGCCCGAAACCGGGAUCGCCUCGUUCGCCGAGUUCCUCCACCUCGCCUCGCUGCAGGAUCACCUCGUACCGUGGUCGCACAAAGCCGAUCGAGUGCUCUGGCGCGGCUUGGCCAACGGCUAUGCACCACGAGUCGACCUGAUCUCACGCACAGAUCCUCGCAAGGUCCCAGGAGCCGAAAAAUGGGCAGAUGUGCUGCAGACGAGUUUCCACGAUGUUGGCGACGACUUCCAUCCGAUCAUCCCGAUGCAUCAUCACUGUAGGCACAAGUUUCUCGUGCAGACCGAAGGUAACAGCUAUUCGGGCCGAGGCAAGUUCCUAUGGUCUUGCAGGAGCGUCACUGUUGCGCAUCCUAUGGAAUGGACCCAACAUUUUCAUGCUGCCCUCAACUCCAACGCCAACAGUCGGCAGCAGAACAUGGUCGAGCUGCGCGGCCCUCUUUUCUCUGGCCUCGAGGAAACCGUCAAGCAACUGCAGGCUACCGCACACAUCCCCAGCACACAAGAUCUUGCUUUCAACUACACCAACGGCGGAGGAGCGUUGAAGCUCAAUCCACCGCAACGAAUCGCCGAGAACGCGGUGGAAUCGCUGCGCAACCGAUACCUCACUCCAGCGGCGACGAACUGCUAUCUGAGAGCGGCGAUCAAGGCAUACGCGCGAGUGUUGAAAAAAGACACUUGGCCCAGAGAGGAGAAUGCUGCUGCGUGGGAUGUGGGUGGAGUGGGCAUCGUACCGCAUGGUGGACCGGGCGGCGGCGUCGCACCGGGAAGCGGCAAAGCCAAGGAUUUGGCGGCGUUGGCGGUAAAAGGCGAUAUCGAGUAUGGAGUUUGGAGGCUGAUUGGUAGUCCGGAUUGGCCGCCGGUAGUUGCUAAGCCCAAGUAG